AUGUCUCGUCGUUACGAUUCCCGAACAACCAUCUUCUCACCAGAGGGCCGUCUGUACCAGGUCGAAUAUGCUCUAGAGGCCAUCUCACACGCAGGUACAGCCAUUGGCAUCCUGGCUAAGGAUGGUAUCGUCCUGGCCGCUGAGCGAAAGGUCACCUCGAAGCUGCUGGAGCAAGACACUUCCGCCGAGAAGCUCUACAUCUUGAAUGACAACAUGAUUUGCGCCGUUGCUGGAAUGACCGCCGAUGCCAACAUCCUUAUCAACUACGCCAGACAAGCCGCUCAGCGAUACCUCCUCACCUAUAACGAAGACAUCCCUUGCGAACAGCUUGUGCGUCGACUUUGCGAUCUUAAGCAGGGAUACACCCAACACGGUGGUCUACGACCCUUCGGUGUGUCCUUCAUCUACGCUGGUUGGGAUCCUCGUAGACAAUUCCAGCUCUACCUCAGUAACCCCUCUGGCAACUACGGUGGCUGGAAGGCUACAAGUGCGGGUGCCAACAACGCAAGCGCACAGAGUCUACUCAAGCAGGAUUAUAAGGAAGACUGCACUCUGAAGGAGGCUUGCGGCAUGGCGGUCAAGGUUCUUAGCAAGACAAUGGACUCUACCAAGCUGAGCAGCGAGAAGAUUGAAUUCGCGACAGUAGGACAGACCGAGGAUGGCAAGAUCUACCACCGCCUGUGGAGUGCUGACGAGAUUACGGCGUUGCUGAAGGAGCAUGACUUGGCGAAGAACGAGGAGACAGAGGAAAAGUAG